ACAAGGUCAUGCGUCAUGUUAUGAAACUGAGAAGGUGAAGCCGGGUGCCUACAUGGGUGCUUUUUUCCUGUGAAAGAUGAGGAAGUGACGGAUGGGGAAAAGAAACUCGACAGGAGCUGCAGGCUUUCACACUACAGCAGAAUAAGCGCGAGGACGCGGAGGAUGCAGGACUUCUGCAAGUCACAUCAUCUUCCCCUUUAACACAGGGACAUGCUGAGUGCACUGCAGGCGCUGCGCGCAUCGCUCACGCGCUCCGGUGUUGCGUUUUAGGAAAUUCACGCGCGGCGAAUCGGAUAGCGCACGUCAUUAAUCUGCGACGCUGUUUAAAAAACCUUUAAACAGCAGUGUAUUGAACAGACAAGACGUGUACUUCUGUGUGCUGAAUGAGUGCACAUGGCGAUUUGGAACACCACCCUCCGCUUGCUGUUUUUCUGCAUGUGGGUCCUCGUGCCGAGUCGAGCUUACAGAAGCGAGUGCAGACUUGAGCUGAGAAAGGCAGACUGCAGCCACAUGAACCUGAACACCAUCCCUCAGGACCUGCCCGAGGACAUCAGCGUCCUGGACGUGUCCCAUAACCGGCUGGUCGAGCUCAAGCCCUCGUCUCUGACUCGAUACCACAGUCUGGAGCAGCUCGACGCCAGCUACAACAACCUGAAGGUGGUGCCGGCGGGGCUGUGCCAGGCCACGCCCGAGCUGUGGAGGCUCACCCUGCGUCACAACGAAGUGCACCUUCUGCAAGACCGAGACCUGAGGAACUGCACACGCCUCAUACACCUGGACCUGUCUGAUAACAGACUGAGACUUAAUGGAGAACCCUUCUCAGGGACAGAGAAUUUGGCCUGGCUGGACGUGUCCCGAAACAAGCUGACCACCGCUCGCCUGGGGUCGCGAUCCCAGCUGCCCAGGUUGGAGACCCUCGUCCUUGCGGGCAACGACAUCACAGACCUGAAGAUGGACGACUUUAAUUUUCUCAGUGAGUCCUCGUCGUUCUGGACGCUGGCUCUUUCUUCUCUGCCUCUGAAAAAGGUGGAACGUGGGUGCUUCAAGCCCAUUGCUGGGUUACAAGACCUGGUACUAAAUGGUUGUAAGCUCAACCCUACAUUAAUGGCCAGCCUCUGUGAGGAGCUGUCUGAAACCUCUUUGAGAAACCUAUCUGUCCAAAAUACUCAGCAAGUCAUACUACUCACCAGCACCUUCAAAGGCCUAGACAAGACUAACCUCACUAUUCUGGAUCUCUCCAACAACAACAUGUACAGAAUCACAGAUGGAGCCUUUCAGUGGUUUCCCAUGCUGGAGUACCUCUCUUUAGAGCAAAACAACAUAAAACAUCUGACCAACAGUACCUUCUUGGGACUGAAAAGUCUGAGGAAACUCAACCUACAGUCGGCACUAGCUAAAGGUCAUACAUCUCCCUUGCCUGUCAUCGAUGACUUCUCUUUCCAGCUACUGGUCAAGCUGGAAUAUCUGUACAUGGAGAAGACUUCAUUUAGGGAGAUCACUGAGAAUAUCUUUUAUGGACUUCCGUGUCUGAGAGAGCUGAAUCUGGGUUGGAGCAGCACAGGGCUAAAGACAGUCAGCAACACCACCUUUGCCUCCUUGAAAGGAUCUCCACUUCUUCAGACACUCAAUCUUACAGGUAUGGGCAUCAAGACCCUUGGCCCAGGAGCUUUUUCAAGCAUGGGAAACCUCAAGACUCUUGUGCUCAGCCAUAACUACAUCAACCAGUACCUGACAGGGGAAGAGUUUCAGGGUCUCAACAGUAUCCAGGAAAUUCAUUUGUCCUUCAACCAGCAGAUGAUCACUUUAAUGUCUACAUCGUUCAUCCAUGUACCGACAUUGAGGAUUCUGAUGCUUGGGCAUGCCCUAAGUCCCAAUUUGGAAAUGGAACCAUCUCCGUUUCGUCUGCUGGUCAACCUGACGGUGCUGGAUCUCAGUAAUAAUAACAUUGCAAACAUCAAAAAUGGCUUGCUCGAUGGACUACAACAUCUUAGUGUGUUGAAACUGCAGCACAAUAAUUUGGCCAGGGUGUGGAAAAAUGCUAAUCCUGGGGGUCCAGUGCUGUUCCUUCGCAAUGCUCAGAACCUUACUGUUCUUGAGUUGGACUACAAUGGUCUUGAUGAGAUUCCAACGAUGGCCUUCCAAGGCCUCUCACAGCUAAAAUACCUCAGUAUUAGUGGGAAUCUCCUGAAUUUUCUGCAUGACUCCAUUUUUGACGACUUGUGGUCUUUGCGCUUCCUGCGGCUGCAGAAAAACCUCUUGACCUCAGUGCGGCAGGAGACGUUCAAGGUGCCGCUGUCCAACCUGACCGAGCUUUUUAUGGACCAUAAUCCCUUUGAUUGCACCUGUGAGAGUAUACUAUGGUUCUACAGUUGGCUCAAUACCACCAACACCAGUGUACCUGACCGUGCCAAAAUCUACAUCUGCAACACUCCAUCCAUGUACUUCAACCGUUCGGUGUUGGACUUCAACCCAGAAUCCUGUAAGGACCUGGUACCCUUCCAGGCUGUGUAUGUAAUCACCAGCACCUUAGUACUAGGUCUGAUGGUCAUAGCCUUCCUGGUGCACUUCCAGGGCUGGAGGAUUCAAUUCUACUGGAACAUUUUAGUCAAUCGCACCAUAGAUAUAAAUGACUCUCGCUUUAAAAGGUUGGUCGAGUGCAGAUAUGAAUAUAAAGCCUACGUUGUCCAUGCUCAGCAGGAUAAACUUUGGGUGGAACGAAGCUUGCUUCCUCUGGAAGACAAGGAUUUCAAGUUCUUCUUGGAAGACCGGGAUGCAAUGCCAGGCUGUUCCACAUUAGAGACCAUUGUAGACAACAUGAGAAUGUCCCGGAAAAUCAUUUUUGUUGUCACAGAGGCGCUUUUGAAUGAUCCCUGGUGUAGACAGUUUAAAGCCCACCACGCCCUUCACCAGGUAAUGGAAGAAAAUCGAGACUCGCUGGUUCUGAUUUUCCUGGAGGAUGUUGCAGAUUACCGCCUGACUCAAUCGCUCAUGUUGCGGAAAGGCAUGCUAAAACGCCACUGCAUGGUCCAGUGGCCUCUGCAAAAAGAGCGCAUCCGCCUUCCGCCAGAAGCUACAGCUAGCGUUAGCCUCAAGCAACCGGGUCAGCUAAAACCUACUAUCCGGGCAGAACCUGGAUGAAGCAUUGAACUGUCUAUAGCAGACACAAAUAGCAAGCGUUGCUAUUAAUGCUAGCCUCAAGAAAGAGUUACAGUUAAUGCUGUUUACCUUUUCAGUGCCUUUUGGUAAGUCUGAAAAUAUAACAAGUUGGCUUUUUAAGCUAACAGGUUACAGAGUAAGCUAAUAUUCACAAAUUAGCCAAAGAACGCUAAUGCUUAUACGGAUAAUAUAAAAAGGGUGAGGCUACAGUUCAUUAAACGCACUUAGCAAGUAUCACUAAUUAAUGUUAAUGCUAGCUUUUGAAAAAAAAAAAGGUCAGCUAAUCCACUGUAAGUUGACAGAGCCAGAUAAAUUUGAAUUUGAAGACUGUGUUAUGCCAAGCUAGUGAUAGUUAGGCAAAAUUAAAGCUAAGUAAGCUAAAUUUUUUGCUGUUGCCAACUAUCUUGAUCAAAGGAAGCUAGGAAUUGUUAAUAAUCGCACUUGUAAAAGCUCGUUGCUGUAAUAGCACACCCCGAAGUGUUUUAUUCCUUCAACAUUACAAAUCUCCAGGUCAGCAGUGAACGAGUGAGUGAGGGAGCGCUUUCAGAUAAUACUCUUCGGCAUGGGGUGCCAACUUCCCAGAGGUUCCUCCACUGUCUUUCUGUUAAACCCAGACUGCCUUUAAAGUAGAAACUGUCCUUUUUUUUUCAUUUGUUCAGUUCAAUUCAAUUUUAUUUGUAUAGCGCUUUUAACUGGACUUUGUCACAAAGCAGCUUUACGGAAAUAAAUACAUUCAAAUUAAAUUUAUAAUUAUAUUUAUAAUUUAUUUACAAUUAAAUAAAUUGUAAGUAAAUUGUAAAUAUGUGAAUUUAUUCCUAAUGAGCGAACCAGAGGCGACGAUGGCAAGGAAAAACUCCCUGAGACGACAUGAGGAAGAAACCACCAAUGAACAGUUCUCUAUCUCACCUAAAGCAGAGCUCCUGAUUCGUUUUUAAACCAACGCCUCAGCGGGAGUGAUUAUGAACUCAAGAGGAAUGUUUUGCACUAUACAGAGCUGAAUUUUUGUAAUAUUCUUUGUUUCUAUAUUUUUCUUUUUUUUUCCAAACCAUGACCAUAUAUGGUAUGACUAUAAAUUUUACUGAUUUUAUACAACAGUGCUGGGUUCACUUCUCAUGAUUUAUAGUUUUGCUCUGCCCUCUAGUGGCUGUGUUUGGAGCAAAAUAUCUGAAGGAGUGUAAAUUCAUCAACAUUUCCGCACUUGCUUUAUAUGAAAGUGUAAUUAUUAUAAAUUACAGUAGUUUAGAAAGACAUUGGGAUAUACUUAAGGAUGUUUAUUCAGUUUGAAGAAACACAGAGACUCGGAAUAGUGGUGUCCCUAGAUUAUUUGACCUUUUAUUAUUAUUACAUAUACAAUAUUUAAAAAAAAAAAAACAUAAAAUAAAUAGUAUUUAACUCUCACAGAUUGACUUAUGUACUGUAAUUUUGUAAAAAAAAAAAUUACAUUUAAUAUUAUAAGCUCAGCUAUUUUAACUAAUAUUAAAAGGACAGAUGUUUGAAUAAUAAAGUUUUACUUUUCAUUAUCUUAAUUACCUUAAUAGUUAUUUGUCUUCAAAGAGUUAUACAAAUGUGAGAUGACAGGACUAAAGUAGUACUGUGGGAUAGACACUGUAAUUUAAAAACAUUUUGCGCACUUUUAUUUCUACUUUGCCGCUAUCGCUGUCUUGCUGUUUUGCUAACUUUAGCUUUGCCGUCCGAUCUAGGUGGUCCAUCCACAAAAUAUGUGUUUUUUUGUUCUGAGUGCUUGGCCACUGUAUGAUCACAACCCAGCAGCUAGGCUGUAAAACAAUAACCCAGCCAGUUUCAGAGUAAAAGUUGCUUUAUAUGACGGAUUUGAUAUCUGAUCUUAAAUCUGAUUGUAUGAGCCACAUCACAGUAAGUUGAAUUCUGUAUUAAUGCGCCAGGAUUCAAACCAAUAAAACCUUUCUGCAGCCAUUUUGUUCAUUUUGAGCACCCUAAUUGCUUAGCAACCAAAACCUACUCUACUACUACAGCUACUCAAGUCUCUCAUCUGUUUACAACUGUGACUGAAGCCACGCCCCUUCUGUCAUCUGAUUGGUCAGUGCAAGCUCUAAUAUAUAUACACACACAAUAUAAUAUAAAAGCAUUAAGAGUAUGUACAGAGUAUACAGAGACUUGCUUUAUUCACCUGCAACCUUGUUCCAAAACUAGCUCGAGUUAGUGGAAACACCGCAACCCUGGAUGUGGAUGAGGCUGAUAAUCAAACAUAAAGUAUUAUUCUUUAAAAUCUGUCAGUAUUGUUGUUUUUUCAUACGUAGAUGAGGGAACUGGACUUUGAAAUGUUAAAACUUUCCAUAUUACUGAGACACAUGCAAAAAAGAAAUGUAUUAUUUCAGAAAAGUCUAUUAUAUAUAUAAAAAAGUGAAAAUGUAACCGUGUGAAGGGUUUUCCCGGGCCGCCACACAUUUAUGGAUUUCUGAUUUAAGUGUUUUUCAAUGAUAAAGAAAGACUUUUUUCCUUUCACACACAUGCUAUCUCCACCUCUCUCUCUCUCUCUCUCUCUUCCUUAUUCACACACUUUCCAUUUUUGAAGGUUU